GCCGUCACCAGCGCGACAUCGACAGAGGCCGAGCAAAAUUCUAAUAACGAUGAAGUAACUAUAACUUCACUACUUGAUGAAAUACGAAAGCGCGCGAGCUUUCAUUUGCAUGAUCAAAAUGUCAGCGAGCUCCUGACGCUAGCCGAACAAGCAGUAACAGAGGACCACUGCACUAGUACAGAGAUUGAGGUUCUGGCAGAUAUUUUCGGCCUUGAAAGAGUCCCUUGGAGCUUGGUUGCAGAGACUAGGGAACGCAUAUUCUCCCUUCCGGGGAAGAUAAAUUGUGCGGUCGAAGGGAGUCAAAACGCUGCUGCAGCUCAAUCAAAAAUGCACCGCAGCGCAACACGGGCGGCAAUUGCGAUGCUUCAAAGAGGGGGACUCGUGUGA